CAUUGGGUUCGCAGUCUCAACACUGGAGAAAACAGAUCUUGGUGGAGACCUACGGGAGCUCGCUGUUCCCGGAGUCUUCCCCGGGCUUUGAGGACGUCCCAGGCUCUUUCUUUCGCGCCGCCGCCCUCGGGCCAACUUGGAGGAAGUGAUCUGCGUUCGGGACGGGGAGCCCAGUGCGGGGUGCGUGAGGACCAGAGCGCUGAUUGUCCUGACCGGCUGUGGAGAUCCCUGGCGGGGUCCAGGGCGGCUCGGGUGGAGUCAGGAUCGGAGGGCUAGGGGCGCGGCGGCCACUCCGGGAGGUCGGGCGGCGAGCGUGACUUCACUGGGAGGGGCCAGCGCUCAGCGGGGGCGCGGAGCCCAGCGCGGAGUCCAGCGCGGAGAACUCAGCGCGGAGCCGAUAGCAGCGCACACCGUGCCCGGGAUGGAGCGCUACAAAGCACAGGGCUGUUGCUGUCUGGUGGUGCAGAGAAGAAUCCUGCAGGUCUCUGCUUCCCUGGAGCAGCUGCUGACAGAGCUGGACGACUUCCUUAAGGUCCUCGACCAGGAGAACCUGAGCAGUGCAGCCGUGCUGAAGAAGAGCGGCCUGUCAGAGCUCCUGCGGCUUUACACCAAGAGCAGCAGUUCUGAUGAGGAGUAUAUUUACAUGAACAAAGUGUCAGUCAACGGGGAACAAAACUCAGCAUCUCCAGACAAAGUUCCCGAGGAGCAGGGUCCACUGACCAAUGGGGAGCCCAGCCAGCAUUCCUCAGCCCCUCAGAAGAGCCUUCCAGACCUCCCUCCGCCCAAGAUGAUUCCAGAGAGGAAACAGCCCACCGUUCCAAAGAUCGAGUCCCCUGAGGGCUACUAUGAAGAGGCUGAGCCAUUUGACAGAUCCAUCAAUGGUCAUUAUGGAGCAUAUCUUCCCACUGGAGUCCCCAGAUGGACACGGUUGCCUGAAGGAGUCCUUUACGCCACGAUCACCUUGGAGGAUGGAGAGGCUGUGAGCAGCUCCUACGAGUCCUACGAUGAGGACGAGAACAGCAAAGGCAAGGCUGCCCCCUACCAGUGGCCCUCGCCCGAGGCCAGCAUUGAGCUGAUGCGUGAUGCCCGCAUCUGUGCCUUCCUGUGGCGCAAGAAGUGGCUAGGCCAGUGGGCCAAGCAGCUCUGUGUGAUCAGGGACACCAGGCUCUUGUGCUACAAAUCGUCCAAAGACCACAGUCCUCAGCUGGACGUGAACCUGCGGGGCAGCAGCGUCGUGCACAAGGAGAAGCAAGUGCGGAAGAAAGGACACAAGCUCAAGAUCACACCGAUGAACGCUGACGUUAUCGUGCUGGGCCUGCAGAGCAAGGACCAAGCUGAGCAGUGGCUUCGGGUCAUCCAGGAGGUGAGUGGCCUGCCUUCUGAAGGAGCCUCAGAGGGAAACCAGUACACACCAGAUGCCCAGCGCCUCAACUGUCAGAAAUGCUCCAGGGAACCAUUCCCGGAAGGUGAUACCCGUCCGUUUCUUUGUUGUCCACAGCCAGACAUAGCUGAGAAGUACCUGUCAGCAGCGGAGUACGGGAUCACCAUCAACGGCCACCCUGAGAUCCCAGAGACCAAAGAUGUCAAGAAGAAAUGCUCUGCUGGCCUCAAGCUGAGCAACCUUAUGAACCUGGGCAGGAAGAAAUCUACCUCGCUGGAGCCCCCGGAGAGAUCCCUUGAGACAUCCAGCUACCUGAAUGUGCUGGUGAACAGUCAAUGGAAGUCACGCUGGUGCUUCGUUAGAGACAGCCACCUGCACUUCUACCAGGACCGGAACCGGAGCAAGGUGGCCCAGCAGCCCCUCAGCCUGGUGGGCUGUGACGUGCUUCCAGAUCCUAGCCCCGACCACCUGUAUUCCUUCCGUAUUCUCCACAACGGCGAGGAGCUAGCCAAGCUUGAGGCCAAGUCUUCAGAGGAGAUGGGCCACUGGCUAGGCCUCCUGCUCUCAGAGUCGGGCUCCAAGACUGACCCGGAAGAGCUCACCUACGACUAUGUGGAUGCUGAAAGGGUUUCCUGUAUUGUGAGUGCGGCCAAAACCUCUCUCUUACUGAUGCAGAGAAAGUUCUCAGAGCCCAACACAUACAUCGAUGGCCUGCCCAGCCGGGAUUGCCAGGACGAUCUGUAUGAUGAUGUGGAGGUAUCAGAGCUGAUAGCCGUGGUGGAGCCUGCCGAGGAAGCCGCCCCUGCUGUCGAUGCUAACAGUGGUAGUGAGCCAGACAGAGUCUACCUGGAUCUCACACCGGUCAAGUCCUUCCUGCACAGUAGCAGUGAGGCUCAGGCGCAGGCCUCUCUCCCAGCAGUGCCACAUCAGGACGAUGUAGCUGAGACCCUCACAGUAGACCCAAAGCCAGGCACCACCCCAGAGGAGCCCCACACAGAGUCUCCAGGAGACCCAGAGGUGCAGCAGAGGCAACCAGAGGUUCAAGAGUCUUCAGAGCCUAUCGAGCCCACCCCGCGAAUCACCAUGGUUAAGCUACAGGCCGAGCAGCAGAGAAUCUCCUUCCCAGCCAACUGCCCAGACACCAUGGCUUCUGCCCCCAUCGCUGCCAGCCCACCUGUGAAGGAGAAGCUGAGAGUGACCAGUGCAGAGAUCAAACUUGGGAAGAAUCGGACAGAGGCGGAAGUAAAGCGGUACACGGAGGAGAAGGAGAGGCUGGAGAGGAGCAAGGAGGAGAUCCGAGGGCACCUGGCUCAGCUCCGCAGAGAGAAGCGGGAGCUCAAAGAGACCCUGUUGAGAUGCACAGAUAAGGGGGUCCUGGCCAAGCUGGAGCAGACACUGAAGAAAAUAGACGAGGAAUGCCGGAUGGAGGAGAGCAGGCGUGUGGACCUUGAGCUCAGCAUCAUGGAGGUGAAGGACAACCUGAAGAAGGCAGAGGCUGGGCCCGUGACCCUGGGCACCACUGUGGAUACCACGCACCUGGACAACAUGAGCCCUCGUCCACAGCCCAAAGCUGCCACCCCCAACCCCCCACCAGACUCCACGCCAGUCAACUCUGCAUCUGUGCUCAAGAACAGGCCUCUUUCCGUCAUGGUCACAGGCAAAGGCACUGUCCUGCAGAAAGCCAAGGAAUGGGAGAAGAAAGGAGCCAGUUAGGAGACAAGAAUUGCCUAAAGACUCUUAUGUGACUGUGGACCUUGGUGACAAUCCUGCUCUGGACAAGUCUUCAAUAAAACAGCAACUCUGAGGAAAGGUGAGUCUGUUUACAAGACAAAGCAAGGGAUGAGGCGCUCGCUGCAAACGGAGCUUCGGUUAAGAGAAGGCCCUGUCUCCUCCUCAAGCCAAAGGGAUCCCAGCAGCAGCAUCGUGGUGGCAUCUUUGGAGUCGAAAUCUACUGGCUGUCAAUGAGACAAUGUACCUUCCCUUUUCUUUUUAAAGAUUUCAUCCAUCACUCAACUGUUUUACCAAGAUUUUUCAGGUGUGAAAAAAUGACCACAUUGCUUCUGGUUAUGAGAAAAAUCUAAAUUCCUGACCCCCUUAUCUUUCAUCCUGUAUUUGGCAAUGUUGAGGUUUAAAUCAUGCAUUGUCUUCAUGUUUGCCCAAAUUGGGUGGGCUCCAUGUGGUCUCUGAUGGUCUUAAAGAACAUUAGAACCCUGUAAUCAGUAGAAGAGGGACAUAUUGGGAACCAAGCCAAGGCACUGACCCCCUUGGGGUCACUAAGGACUUCCCCCCAGUCCAGGAAAACUUUAAACAAUGCUGUAUUAUAUAGGGGGAAAAUUCCUGUGUUUACAGACUGUCCUGUGGCCAGGCCACUUUUAAGAGUUGGUCAAUUACCUCUUCAUUACCAUUGUAAAGAUGUUUUAAAUUUCUGGUCCCCUUGCAAGGAAAACAGCCGUGAAUUAGCCUGUCUAGUCUGUCAGACUGGCAGCCAGUGCUGUCUUUAUGUGCUGUCUCUCUGGGACAGCACUAGCACAAGUUGAUACAUUUCAUCUGUUACCUGCCCCAUUUCUGAGCAUUUGGAACUAGUUACCUAACACUGGUUUCUGAAGGCUAAAUGUUUUUACGCAUAUAUUAUUGUCUUUCUAAUCCCAGGGCAUUUAUUUCCUGUAUCAUAAACACUUGGUGACCUUUAUCAAGUGGUGAGUUAGAAUUUUUUUUUUAAAUAAAAUGUUCAUUGUA